GGGCUUUCAUUUGGAUCUGUUCCAAAAUAUUUGUCGUAAAUGAUAGAGUCUAAAACGCUGCCGUUUCAUCCUUCUAUCUCUUCCUUGAAGAUCAAAACAUUCAAAAACUCAAAUUAACAAAUACAUUUCAGCAAAUCGACAGAGAGAGAGAGGGAGAGAUGAAUCUUCCAGUAGUAGUAUCUUGCUUCGCGCCUCGAACUCGGAUGCUUCUCCACACCAACUUGAAUUCGAGAUCUUCCGACACGAUACCAUUCCGGAACUUAAAACCCCUCGCUGCCGUUUCGUCUGAUUCCGUUCCCGACCCUGACUCCACUCUCAAACCGAAGAAGGAAGAGAACUUUCCGACCAAGGUCCCGCGUAAACCCAAACGAGGACGACGGAGCGAAGCGGAAGCCGUGGAGGAUUUCGUGAGAAGCUCUCUCGAGAAGACAUUCUCCACCAUACGAGAGCAGAAUCCAGAAGUGUUCGAGAACAAGGAUACGGCAAAUUUCAUCAAGAACAGAGCUGAUCAAAACGACGACGAAGAGGUAAUCGAAGAGAUGGUGGUGGAAGAGGAGGAUCCAGAUUGGCCUGUGGAUACGGAUGUUGGAUGGGGAAUCAAAGCUUCGGAGUAUUUCGAUACACAUCCUAUCAAGAACGUGGUGGGAGAAGACGGGAGUGUGAUUGAUUGGGAAGGUGAGAUUGAUGAUAAUUGGGUGAAGGAGAUUAAUUGUUUGGAGUGGGAGAGCUUUGCUUUUCAUCCUAGCCCGCUCGUGGUUCUUGUAUUCGAGAGAUAUAACAGGGCUAGUGAUAAUUGGAAGACAUUGAAAGAGCUUGAGAAAGCCAUUAAAGUUUAUUGGGAUGCAAAAGAUCGGUUACCUCCACGGGCUAUUAAGAUUGACUUGAACAUCGAGACAGAUUUGGCAUAUGCUCUUAAAGCCAAGGAAUGUCCACAGAUUCUGUUUUUACGGGGGAACCGGAUUCUGUACAGGGAGAAAGAGUUUCGUACAGCGGAUGACUUGGUCCAGAUGAUUGCGCAUUUCUACUAUAAAGCAAAGAGACCUUCGUGGAUAGACAAGGCUAACAUAACCCCGUAUUGCUAGUUUGCAAUGCAAACGAGUAGAGGUGCUAAAAGGUCAGUGUAGGAAUGAUGUUUGAGACUUAAACAUAUGGCUAUGUUCGGAAGAAAGAAGAGAUCAAGCAUGAGUUACUCGACCUUUUUAUUUCAACAUUAUGUUGUUAGCUUAUGGAAAUAGCAGGUGACUGGUGAAGAGGUUAAGUUUUGGUUUUUGGGAUUAAAAAAUCACAAGUUUUGUGUUCAAUUGUGUUACCAAAGUCUUCUCUGUUAAUCUAGAGGGCUUCUAUGAUCAGCUUUGGACAUAUUUGUUUAUUGUGUGUUAUAUGCAAUAUAAAAUUCCCAAGUAAUGGGAUUUUCUGUCU